AUGCCCUCCAAUGACGACCCAAACAGUGGCGAAGCGCGGGGCAUGGGAUCAUUGUCGUGGGAUGUGGAUACGAAAUCUUAUACUUCAGAAAAGUCCCUGGUCAACGAUAUCAUCAAAAACUUGGAAGAGUCCGGAGCAUGCAUUGUGAGAAAUCUCAUUGACAUAGAGAGCAUCAACCAAAUCUUGGAAGAUAUGGAUCCCUUCGUCAAAGCACCUUCAGAAUGCGAAUUCUUUGCAAAAGAAGUGACUGCUGUGAGUGGCUUGGUAGGUAGGUCUGAGACCUUCGCACUUAAGGUGGUUGGAAAUACCGUGUGGCAGAAAGUGUUGGACCAUUUUUUGAAACAUCAAUACGGACCAUACUGGGCUGGAGAGGAACAAUACACGAGUUAUUGCGCUGCACAGCUCGGAUCGUCUGCCGGCUUGGGAUUAGCCCCAGGCGCGAAAGCGCAGAUGCUCCAUCGGGAUGACUCGGCUCAUCGCCACUGGAGCAAAGAAGCAGAGAAAUAUGAUGUGGGACGUGAUUUGUGCCUUACCUCUCUUACAGCUUGUACAAAGACCACUCGAGCUAAUGGGGGGACACGUGUUGUUCCUGGAAGCCAUUUGUGGGACUACAGCCGGCCACCUCCUGUGGACAAUGACGGUGUUGUGGAUACUGAGCUCAAUCCGGGUGACUCUCUUAUCAUCCUAGGAAGUGUGAUCCACGGGCAUGGUGCGAAUACCACCACUGAUGAAAAUCGAAUGGUCCUUGGAUGUGGUGCUUGCUGUGACUAUCUACGGCAAGAGGAGAACCAGUAUCUUUCUCAUAGUCAGGAUUUCGUACGCCGACUCCCUGAAUCCAUUCAAAGGUUCAUCGGCUACAGCACGUUUGAUCCUGCCGGAGGUACAGCUCAUUGGAAGGACCCCUGGCAGGUUUUGAAUGACAAAAAGCCGGGCGUCCAAGAGAAUUCUAUCCCUUGUAAAGCCUAA